CAGACGUUAACAAUAGCACUGGACGAAGAACAGAUUGCAAUGUUAAUUAUUGUGAUAAUAAGGACAUUCUGCAUAGAAGAAUCACUUCAGACAAUAAUUGUCUUGAGGAAUAAGUACAUUUUGUUGCAAGAAGCUGAUGUUUCACAUAUUACGACUACCUGAUACAAAUCAAAUUCGUACACUGUUGAUACUCAUCGACGGUUAUUCCUCUUUGUCAAAUCCAUUGAACAAAAUGACGAAGGGAGCACACCAAGGAAGUAUCGCUGUCAAGUUCGCGGUGUCUGCGGAAAUACUGCCGUUGCGACAAAUUUUCCCUCUUCUAGCACCUAAUAAAAAAUAACACCAAACUGAAAAUAAGGGAAAAUAUGCAGAGGAAAAAAAUUGUACGUAGACUACAGACGGCACGAACAAAUUCAAGAGGAAACGAUAACAGUGGAAAUAAUAAAUCGUGGCGAGGUGUAGUCGGAUGAUUCCUCGAGUUUCGCGCACAGACGUGCUUCAGUCAUCGAAUCGAGAUGGACGUGUUCUACAGGCAGUACAAUACUUAUCGUAUACUACUGAGCAUCUUAGGACUCUGGCCAUAUCACAAGUCGAUUUACUCUACGAUUCACAGAAUAUCGAUCUCUGUCAUUAUGCUCGCCUAUAUAAUUUUCCAGCUGGUAUUACAUUUCGUGGCUGCGUCGUAACGUUAUCCGCAACUUGUCCAGUUAUGGUCUUUUUCAUGCGAUAUGUCUCUUCCAUAGCAAUGAUGCCAGUGAAUAUAUAUGUUUUUGACAAUCUACGGAAGAUACACACCAUGCUGAAAGAUGAACUUGAAGUUCAAAUACUGAUGAAAUAUGUCAACUGUUCGACUUACAUAAUCUCCAUUUUCCUAUGUGUAUGUUGCUCGUGGACCAUAUUCACAGCGUCGUAUGUUUUCGUUCCGAUAACGUUGGAUCUGCUACUGCCUUUGAACGAAUCUCGAAGACGUUAUUUUUCCUACUUAACAAUGUUUUCACACGAUCGGAUGGAGUAUGUCGAUAUCGUAUACGUGAAUAUCCUAGUUGUUUAUACAAUUGGGUUGUUGUGUAUCGCGGGUACGGAACUCAUGUUGACUGUGUUUUCCCACUGGAUGUGCGGAAUGUUCGAGAUUAUUAGCUAUCGGUUGCGAAAAACAAUUGCGGGUCUGUCUUCGUCGAAGCAGAUCGACCCGAACUUCAAGGACUUCCGCUACGUCGUGGACUGUCAUAGGAGUACACUACAGUUGGUACAUUUGACUAUAAUGAGUAUUCGAUGGUACAUAUCUAAGCUAAUCCUACUUUGUUUUCCAUGCAUUUCCUGCUGACGAUUCUUGUGGAAUUCAUUCGCUGGAUAAAGGUUCAUCGAUUACACAUUAUCGAAUUACAUACUACAUUAUAUUCCGCCAUGUUCUGUGAUUGUAGUUUCUUUCUCUAUGUGUUUGCAUCGAGUAAGUAUCCGUUCAUUCCUGAGCAGUGUUGGGAAAAUGUAACAUCUUCAAUGAAUGUAAUAUGUGAAAGCAUUGUCGAAGCUCUUAGACCUUCCCAAUUUUUUCUUUUAUAAGUGGUACCCCGUAAAGUGAAAUCUGGAAAGAAAUACUAUCUGCUACUGGUUAUAAAUAUAUAUAGAUAGUUUAUACAAAUAACGUUAGCGUCGGCCGAACAUUUCAGAUCAAUUUGUUUUGUAUAGAACUCAAAUAUUUCAAACGAGA